AUGAUUGUGAAGUUGAUGGGGUCAAACAAGGAUUUGCAUAGGCAAGCGAAGAACAACAACAACAAGCUGACUCCAAAUCGGUCCUUGAAGGAGACGAGAUCGAGAUUAUACAUAAUAAGGCGAUGCCUCGUCAUGCUGCUCUGUUGGAGAGAGCCUCGUGAUUAA